AAAUGUCAGCGUAGAAGAAGAAAGUAGCUGAGGAGAAGAACUCUAGUCCCCUCUCCUCGUCAGAUGAUCAGCUAAUAGUAAAAACACUGUAAAAAGACUCGAUAUUAACCUCUAGUUUCAACAGUGAGAAGCGGUGUAAGUUGUCAAUAAUGUACUGCAGUUCGUUGUUUACACUUUGAGGCCUUCAUCGCAGCGCUGAUGAUGCUGAAAAUGAAGCUACCGAUGAAAACGGGCGAGGAAGGAGGCGACGAAGCGGCCGAGGACGACUCUCUGGAUCAGCCCGAGCAGCGACCCGGGGCUGUGCCUCCCUCACUGGGGUCCGACGGACUGGAGGAGUCACCCAGACCUUACGUGCAUCCAUCCCAGCCAAGGAUGGACAAGGAGACUGUGUUCGAGUGGUUCGGCCUACAUCUGAACCCUGCUAAGAGGAUCGAGUUCAUGUGCGGGCUGCUACAUAUGUGCCAACCCCUGGAGCUCCGCUUUCUGGGAUCUUACUUGGAGGAUCUGGCUCGAAAAGAUUAUCACGUUUUAAGGGACUUCGAGUUUCGGGCUAACAGUCCGAAUGAUUUGGGAGUUUUAACGGACGUGGUUGAUCCUGUUGUGAGGUCCAAACUGCUGGUCUGCCUUUCCCUCCUCGGGUCUGACAGCAGGGAAUGUGCUGGAAUACUCUUUCGGAUACUGAACCAUGUCGACCCGGGCUUGUUCUACUCCCUCCCUCCUGCAUUCAGGGACCCUCACCACCACUCUUUCCACCCACCGUGUCAAGAUGGGGAUGUGUACGGGCGGUCAGACCCGACCUGCGGCUUGUCCUCUACCGACACAGCGGCAGGAGCUCUGGAGCAGUUGGCGCUGCUGUUCACCAUGGCCGCCCUACACCCAGCUUUCCACUUCCACCAGCGGGAGGUAGUCCGAGGGCAGCUGGACAAGAUAGAGGGAACUAUAGAGGAGGGGAGGCGGCGAAACCAGCUUAGAAUAAACGCCCAGACAACGGAGAUGCUGAGUCAGAAGGCAGAUUACCUGCCUCCAGUGCUGGGAUUGGGGGAAUGUACGGCCUCUCAUCCUUCCUGCCAGAGCCGACGGUCCAACCGCUGGGCAACACAGAGAGAAGCUGUGCAUAUAGAGGGGAUUGUGCUCAGGGGCAUCUCUCGGACUAGAAUAGACAAGGAAUACAACUUUGAGGUGAAGUGGUCAGACUCAUCAUCCAGUAAUGUGACCAAAACCCACCUUGAGCUGGAGAACUUCCUUCUUAAGCUUCCGAAGGAUCAGUGUACUGAGUCUUUUGAGAAGAGCAUCCUGAGGCUUCUGAACCAGGGGGACCAGAAGGAGAGCAUAGAGGUGGAGAAGAGCCUCAGGGAAAGGUUCCUGUCUGCUCCUCCAGUCUUCAGACAGACCAGGAAGGUCUGCAGCUUCUUCAAUUGUGACUCCAGUUAUUCUUCUAAACGGAACAGCUGCAGAUGCAACUGCCAGCUUGGUAAGGUCUACCAAGGAGACUGUUCUGAUGCCUCCAGUCAGGAGGAAGACUUGGAGUCUUAUGUUCAGGGACAUAAGAAAAAACAUGGGACCAAGAGUCCAUGUCAAGGUCUCUCCAGUGCCAAGGGAGCCCAGGCAGAGAGUCGGAGGGGGGGCCAUACUGCAGAGCUGAACGGUCCAGCAGAGAGGAGGAAGACUGAGCAGCACCCGGACGCUGAGAAGAGGAGCCACCCAUCCAACAAAUCAAAGAGCAGAGGCCUUCCUGCUGACAGGGACAGGGGAAAAGGAAAGGGUGCUGCCUUUGUAGCCAAUGGUAGGCUGGCACCAACUCAGAGGAAAGAUGGAGGUUCUGGUCCAGAUACGUUUGGUGAAACCUCCUCAGAAAGCUACAGCUCUCCAUCCAGCCCUCAGCACAGAGGACCAGAGAGCAUGGACAGUGAGGACGACCACAACAAAGAUACUGACAGCCACUCGGAUGACUCCAGCAAAUGUCAGGGGCCCGACAUGUUUUUUGCUAACCAGACUGAUCCAGCUGCAGUGGGGGGAGUCUCCUCUGUCAAGCCUUUGUCUUCCAGUACCCACCAGGCCCAGAUGGAGCCACCCUGCCCAGAGACUACCACGGACUUCCCUCCUCUCUCCUUCAUGCAUCCUCUGCCCUAUAUGCUCCCUAAUGGAACCAUAGACUCUCCACUACCACUGGUCCCUCCUCCCAGCCAAAGCAUUGUCCCUGAUGUUAAACCCUCAUCUGGGACCCUGAUGAUGCAGCUACCCCAUGUGCCUCCAGCUGUCCCUGGACUUGUGGUAGACCCAGAGAAGAGGGACAUGCUCCAAACCUUCGGGAUGCCUCCCAUGGGCCUCCACCCUGCAGGAAGUCCAGCUGUGCAGCCUCUUGUUCAGAGGUUCAAAACUGCUUUGCCUCACAGCCAGGGUGUUACUGGUGGAGCUUCAGGGGAUGGAUCUACCCCUUCUGUCCCUCAGGCUCCUCAUCAGGCUCAUGUUAGGGCCAUCAGUGUCUUGUCUCCUGGCCCCACCUCCUUUUCUUCCCCUCCUCAGCAGUCUCUGCCCUGCCAAGACCCGGCCAGUGCAGGCUCAGUCCUGGCCUCCUCACUUCCGCAUGUGGAGACUUCUCAUGCCAAACACCCUGUUUUAACCCUGCCGUCAGGCCUGCCUUCUCCGUACACCCUGCCACCACUCCCCACCUCUGUUAUGCCUGCUCUAGGAGCUCCUGCCCCCGCAGGGAUAGCACCACCUUCUGGACAUUUACAGGCAGCUGUUCCUCCAGCUGUGCCCACGCAUACCCCUGGACCAGCCCCCAGCUCCAUCCCAGCGCUAACUCACUGCACGGCACACAGCGACUGUACGUCCUAUAGUAACAGCAGCGCUUCCUGUGGAAGUGCCCAUGUUGUUCACGGCAACCCUAUUACCCAUCAGCAAACCCAGCAGCAACAGUUGCCCUCCCAGCAGCCGUCACAGCAACAGCCACAACAACAACAGCAGCAGCAACCAAUAAGCUGUGGGACCUGCGGUUGCCACAACAAUUGUGGGAGUCGAGGCAGCGGCACAAACAACAACAGUAUCAGUGGAGCCUCUGGUUGCCAGGCUCCCCUGUUCUUCCCUGCCCACCAGAUGGCAGGCGUUCAGCAGCAGGUGUUCAGCGUCCCAACGCACCUCUUCCAGCUCACAAACCUGCGCAGCAGCAGUUAUCUCCCCCAGGCCCAGCCUCCUCAUCAGGCCAACGGUGCCGCCACCCUGCCCACCUUCUUCCCUACUGCUCCACCUCCUACACACCAUCCACCCUAUGGCCCCCUCCACACCCACACUCACAGCCACGCUGAAGUGCCGUCUCACAUGCUGGGCACCCAGGCCGCAGCUGUGGCUGCAAACUACAACCUUCAGCAGCAGAUGACGCCAGCAUCUUUCUGCCAGCGUGUGUACCAGCAUGUGUACCCUAACCCCCUGGGGAUGCUGCCUGCGGCUGCACUGGGGGGAGGCGGAGUCAAUAAGAAGAAUGGCCAUGUGUCCUGUUAUAACUGUGGUGUGAGCGGGCACUAUGCUCAGGACUGCAACCAACCUUCAAUAGAAUCCACACAGCAAGGUGGCUUCCGGUUGAAGUACGCAGCCUCCCACAUUUCAGAAGCACUUGACAAUGCCGAAUGAAGAAGACGAAGAAGAAAGGCCGAAAUGGAAGUCUUCCGGUCUGCUUUCCACAGACAGUCCUCUGUUCUUCCCUCGGCGCUGUAUGUGUGCACUUCAGGGGAGGGGGGAAAAAAAACUGAAAAAAGAGAGAGAGAGAGAGACCUGCCAAGGGCUCAGUGGACAAAGCCUAAGUACUUGUGCCUGAGAAAACCUUUUACCCAUGGUGAUGAUUCACUGUCUUGUGCACACUAACAGUCCACAUGACUCCCGCUUCCUUCCCUUUCAGUUUGUUUUUGAUAUUUUUGCACUGAGGGUGGGAAUUUAUUAACUUAUUACUUAAUUAUUAGGAAGUUCAGAGAUUUGGGGGAAUUUGUUUUUACAUUCAAGUGGAGACUCUUCUCACUGAAAAUGUUCUUAUAGACUUAUUUCUUUAAAACAAAAACAAGAAAAACAGUGUAUUUAUGUUUUUUUCCUCAAUUAUUACUGUUCGUUAGGAUUCUAUUGUCCGACAGAAUUGUACAGCAGUUUUCAAAGAUUAAAACAAGAAUCAAAAAAAGUAAUGUAAGGAAAGAGGAUUUUAGGUUUGUUGUUCUUUUUUGUCUUUUACAAUUUUGCUGUAAGGUUUUUUGAAUGUACACCUUCAAGCAUUUUUGCGACUUGACGUUUAUAUGAAAGGUAAUUGCUGCUUUGUUUCGUAUUCUUUUUAUUUUUAAGUUGUUUUACUUGCACUAUAACGAGGCAGGAACACACUCUGAAGUAGAACAGACCUGGAAUAGUAAUUUUAGGAUUUCAAUUUGAGCAAAAUAAUCCACAAAUACAGCAGUUUGACUGUUUUUUGGUAUACUUAAAUUAUCUGUUAAACAGCUGUUAAUCGCUGACGAUCUAGAGACUGGUGUUAAAUGUAACUUCAAUCCACUCAAAUCCCAGUAGACCACACUCAGUAGUCCAAAAAGUUGGGUCUGUUUUUUAAUUCAGUCAAGGGUGAGAUCUUUAACACCCUCCUGCCAGAUUGCAGUGAUAUUUUAUGGUCAUAGAUGAGUAUUUUAAAUUGUUACCCUGCUGAAUGUUAGUGUUGCAAGGAAUCCCACCUUUCCAUAGUAAAAAAAAUCAGUGUAUAGUUAGGAUUUGUUAACUCCUCAUGAUGAAGGUUAGCCAGUUCUGGACAUUUCCUUUUGGAUUUGAGAUUUUAAACCACUUUUGGAGGACUCUUAAAGGAGCUAGAACUGUUCCACUCUGAAACUUUAAAAGGCAAACCUCUUUCCCUCACCAAGAUCCGCCCCUAGCCUUCAAAUCCAACUUACAAGUUCAACACACCCUCUUCAGCCUGUUCACAUUUACCACUUUUUUGUUUUUGUUUUUGGUUAUUCUGUCAUGCUCUAAUUGUUUCAGCACUUCAUGCAUCUGUACCUUGAAAUGUCUAUUUCAGUUAGAUUGAAGCUGCUGUGGUGAUUGUCGGAAGCAGUAAAGUUAACACUGUUCAUGUCAACUGAAGAACUAUGAACACUAAGAAGUGAGACAUAAUAUUUAAGUGUGUUAUUUAUAUGUGAGUAAACUUUCAACAGAAGUACAGCUAUCCUGAUGUCAUUCUGACUGUGAUUUUUCUGUCAGUAUUUUUAGUGGAUGUCAAUUCUUCUUUUUUUUUUUUUUUUAUUGUUAUGCAAGCAAGACUCACGUUUGCUACACUGCCAUGGUGACCAUGUUCUAUAGCCCAUUCGACACCAAGUGAGGCUGAUGAGCAGUUUUAGAAAGUUAUAAAAAUGGCCUUUUAUAGAUCACAUUAACAUUUUAACAGAUUUCAUGGCCAUGGCAUACUGACACUAAAAGAGCACACUACUGUGGUAUUGAUGGUUGAGGAUUUGGACAAUCCCACUUACAUUGUUUUAGUUUAGGCUUACAGAAAUUUUAGCAGCUACUUCAGUCAGUUGUACAGUUACAAGGCUGCUCAUUGCGGAAGCAGCAUUGAAGAUUGUCAAAGAUCGUCCUAUGAUAUAGGCACAGAAUUAACAGGCUAAACUAGAACAGUAAAGACAGAGCACUACAUUUAUUUGUAUAGAGAAAUAAAACAAACAUAUCUCUAAACUAUUGAUGCAAUCGAUCAAUCUCUACCACACCUUUGUAAAACUGGCAGAAUUUAACAUUUGAGCAUUUUGGGAACGAUUUGAAAUGACUUGAGGCAGAGCGAGAGGAUAUGGAGUCUGAAGUGUACAGUAUUUAAUAAAAGUCAGUGUUCUAAUUUCAGAAACUUUUGAAGCUCCAUUUAUUAUUGUGAAUUAUUUUUAAAGUUAAUCUUAAGUCUUAAAAUUGUGUUUCAUGAAGUCCCACAUACUGUAAGUAGUGCUGUCGACUCAAUCUCAAAUUCUAGCUGUCAUAGCCACAAACAGCUAAGCUCGAAUAAAUCUCAACCUAUAACUACUGCUGUAAACAAAGCACACAGACCUAAAAAACAACAAGGUCUAACAUGUCUUUCUUGACUGAAUAAGGCUGCAGACAAUUCCUCUCCGGUGAGUUUACCUGCUCAGCUAAGGUUUGUUUGUUUGAAAUCAACAUCAGCUACUGCUCUUUCUGGGUAGUUGAGUUUCAUUUGCCUGUCUUCUUCUGUAGUUUCUAUAGCAUACAUUAACAAGCAAACACUGCAAGCCCUUCCUUUUACUUUAUUGCCAACAUUCAGCAAUCCCAAGUUUAAACAGUUGUAUUCACAGCCUUAAUUAGCUAAAACUAUAAAGCUGAUACAGUUACAGUUGUAUGUGUGUGAACUGUAUUUUAAGGACUUUUUGUGCUUUGGGGCAAGAGGAUGUUUUAUUUGCUUAAACGCAAGAAGAUGGUGACAACACAAAUUACGAAAAUAAAUCUGGGGGAAAAAAAAUAUAUCAGACUCAGAGUACACUGAUGUUUCUGUUUGAUGAAAUAUUAAGUUUGCUUUUUACUUUACUUAACACUUCACAAUGUAGUGCUCCGUGUGAUAAGUUGUUCCCGUAAUGUAAAAUAACUGAAUAGAUAACACUGCGUAUUUCAUUUUGAAAGUGAAGUAUGUAUUGUAAGAGCAUCUGAGUGUUUGCUAUCCUUUCUCUUUUGUCACAGAGUUUGUUUUUGUUUUGAAGCCAUCAGGUUUUACUGCCAAGCCUGAAAGAUGCCACUUCUUCUCAGUGAUGUGCUAACUUGAUUUUUAUGUUAUUCUAGUUUUGACUCAUUGAUGUUGUAUUUCAUGGUUCUCAGUAUCAUUUUGUCCAGCUGUGUUGUUCCUGGUCAGGGAGGCAUGUGUGUGGGUUUGUGUGAGACUUUCAGGCUGCUCUGUGGACGUUCUGCUGGUAUUUGUGGUUUUGUCCGCCAUAACUGCUUGACCCUCUGUCAGUGCUUUGGUUAAUUUAAAAUCUAUGCAUACAGUCUUGUUUUUGCAAAUUUUAGAUGAGAUGGGGAGUUUGAUAUAUUAUAAAUGGAAAUGUGCAGCCUCCAACACUCUGUUGUGAAAUCAAACUGUCUCCAAUUUCACACGUAUAUGUCCCAAACUGCUUCCCAGAAAGUUCUUCCUUUCACAGACACUUGAAGUGGAUCUGAAGGUCCUGCAGAGUUCUAGAUCCAAUGAUCAAAAGCAGACAUGGACCACUAAGACUCUUGUGUGGAUUAGUGUGGGAGUCCAGUGUAAAUACUGAGGAUGCAUCAAACAACAGAGGGGAUUUCUUUUUUACCUUGAUGGUUUAGAAAUAUGCUGUACUGUACAUUUGUAAAGGGUCACUCUGCUGCAACCCUCAGUUGUAAUGUUUACUGUACUCUUUGAUAUCUGUCGACUGGAAAGGUCAAAUAUAUUUCUAGAGCGGAAUUUGGAUUUUAUGCAAAAUGUUGAUCUUUUUCCUGUAAUUAAAAGCAAUAAAUAUAAAAAUUAAACAAAGUGAA